CCAGAAUUACAGCGACAUUCCCCGACCCAGCUUAAUCGCGCGUGCAAUAAAGAACGGCCCUUUCCAGGUCUUGCACGGUAGUGGUGCUACUCUUCCACUACCCAGAGACCUCGACCUAUCCAUCCGUGACAUCCUUCCGCUAUUUAGUUCAUUAGUCGAUCGCGGCACGUAACAAUGCUUUGACCUACAUGUUUCUGCUCAGCCCACCAACGGAGUAGUCGUCCGCUCGCGGUUUCGGUCGUAUUCUUUUUGAGGCACCCGCAUAUCCGUUAAAGCACAAUGUAAGGGCGCUCCCGCCUUGCCAGCCCUGCAACCGACACCACAUACCUACGGCGUCCUUCACCGAACAAUAAAAACCUCGAGAAGCAUGAGACAUGGCCUCUCUGUUCACCCCAGCAGAACUGGCAACUAUGCAUGAGAGCGACUCAAGGGUAGCCGAGAUCAACUGGGUUUACAGCGUCCCAAUCGUUGCAUCAGUCAUUAGCACAGGACUACGUUUGUGCGCAAAGCAUUAUGGGAAGAACGGUAUCCACACGGACGACUACCUCAUUACCAUCGCGACAAUAUGCCUGAUCGGACAAUGCGCAAGUGGUUUGGGCUAUGGCCCUCCUCAUGGCAUGGGUAGGCACGUCAUCUUUGUCUCCGAGUAUGACAAAAUGAUGGUGCGAAAGGGCGACUUCGUCUUCAGCCAUUUCUACGACCUUGCUUUGGUGUUCGUGAAGCUGGGUAUCUUGGCCUUCUAUUGGAGAAUCUUUGUCCAUCCCAUCUUUCGCAAGGUCGUCCUUGCAACCGCUGCCUUCAUCAUUGCCUGGGGAAUUGGCAUCACGAUCACACUUUUCCUGUUUUGUCGGCCGCUGCGUGCCUACUGGGAUCGUACCGUGGAGGGCACCUGUCUGACUAUCAUCACGUUUACCUACUUCACUAAUAUCUCGAACUUGAUCACCGAUAUAUGGAUAUUUUUGAUGCCCAUACCAAUGAUCUGGCACCUGAAACUACAGACGAAGAAAAAGCUUAUGUUGAGCUUGAUAUUCUGCAUUGGCUUUGCGACAUGUGUCAUUUCUUCCCUCCGCCUCACUGUCGUCCUCGGCCACGGCAACCCAAACUUCACAUGGUACUACGUUCCCCUCGGCGCAUACUCUGUCUUCGAGCCCCUUGGCUGCAUUCUCUGUACCAAUUUGCCAAUCAUUUGGCACAUGGUACGCAAGCGCCAAGCUGCGAAUGCGGGCCUACCUCACUACGGAUCCCCCUCGAAAGCCACGUCCUCCGGGGGCCAUACGCCCACCAUUGGCUUCGGGUCACGCCGUUAUCACCUCGGCAUUGCACUCAGACUCACAAGUCACGGUAGAGCGCGGAAUAGCAGUCGGGCGCAGCCGAGUAUGCAGAAUAUGGGUGCAUCGCCAGCAGGGUGGGAUGAGCUGGAUAGCAUGGAACAUAUUGCGCCACCAGAUCCGAAAAUUUGGACCUCUAUUGAAAUGGAAGAAGACGACGACCUUUUAGAGCCGCUGCCACCGGGCAUGAAGAAGACGACUUGGCAUGUGCGGCGUGAGCGGGCGUGAUUGCGCGUCGCACACAUUGACGUUGUCGAUGUCAUGAUGAUGGCGCACAUUGGGAAUAUUUCGACUGGGAGAAGCGCAUCUUAGGCACAUGGCGCCAUCACUCUGGCGCUCUCGCGAAAUUAGGACCCGGACACAUUACACGGAUACGCGGAGGUGUCAAAAACGCAAAGGCAGGACAUAUAGGACCUUGAUUUUAAUUUCUUUACCUCUCAUACAUCGUAACCACAGAUACUUUACGCG